AUGAAGACUACUCUCAUCCUUCUCUCCAUUGUCGCCAUUGCCGUUAUGGCUCAACCACCACAACAAGGAGGUCAACAAGGUGGACAACAGGGUGGACAACCAGGACAAGGAUCAACUCCAUCCACAAAUGGACAACAAGGAGGUCCACCAGGAGGACAACAAGGUGGCCAACAAGGUGGCCAACAGGGAGGCCAACAGGGAGGCCAGCAAGGAGGACAACAAGGUGGACAAGGACAACCAGGAGGACAAACUGGAGGUCAGGGACAACAAGGAGGUCAACAAGGAGGUCAGCAGGGAGGUAUGGGAGGACAACAAGGAGGUCAACAGGGUGGAAACCAAGGACAAAAUCCUCAAAUGGGAUAA